AUGUCUUCUUCUACUUCAUCCCAACUCAAGAAAGUCUCCAAGAAGAAAGGAAAAACUGCAGGAGCUACCAUGGAAAGUAAAAUCAUCACCCUCCAAGGUCAAUCUGCUCUUGCCCCUCAGAUGAUUUCAAAAGAAAAAGAAAUGUUGUAUGCGUCACAGGUACACAUUCCUACCCACGUUGCUGGUAAGAGGUUAGCUUUAAAUGGCCCUCUUACGGUUUUUGAAAUAUUAAAGGACACCAGGACGAUUUUCCCAGUUUGUUAUAGCUUCAAACCCUUAUUUAACAAAAUGGACGCCCCUAAGGUAGUAGAAUCUCCUAGUUCAAAUACCAUAGAAACCCCAACUGUUCCUCCUAAGGACCCCUUUGUUUUGGAUUAUGUAAAAAGUAAUUUUAAGCCAUUUCGAUCUUGCCCCACCUCUGAUAUUGCUUAUCAAAAUUGGUUCACGAAAGUAGAAGCCAAGAAAUCCCAGCAAUGGGAAGAAUUAGGCAUCUAUAACCUGAUUAAGCUAUCGAAGCCUGGUUUCACCUACAGCCACCCUCUGCUAUUCGCGUCCCUUUAUUUCUGGGACAGUACCUAUAACACUUUCCAUCUCCCAGGUGGAAUGAUCACCCCAACCUUCUUCGACAUAGCGGCCAUCACUGGGCUAUCGCCAGUGGGAGAAACUUAUAUACCCGACAACGAAGAGCACUCAAGCAUAAUUGACUUCGAAGUCAAGCUAGCCAGUUUUUCCAAAUUUAUCAGUCAUUACCAUGCUGAGGGGGACAAUGUAUCUGACGUAGAGCAUAUUGCUUUCUUAACCCUGUGGCUGUCAAGAUACGUUUUCUGCAGUAGAUCCCUACAGGUAGCUAGUAGGUUCAUUCCUCUAGCUAGGGAUUUGCAUGAAAAUCGAAAAGUGUGCCUAAGUGAACUGCUCUUAGUUGACCUCUAUGAAAGCCUGAGGUCAGCUGUUUCGAGCCUCAAAUCCCACACCUCCAAAAAUAUUCUAUUGGCUGGCCCCUUUUGGUUACUCCAACUAUGGCUAAAUGCCAUGUUCGAACCCUCCUUAUCAACCGCCAACACCAUCGAUGAGCAAGAUUCUGAGAUAAGUGAUAGGAUAGUCGAAGGCACUAGGCUUCGAAGAUUAACUCCCAAUGACGACAAAGAUGACUUCAAAGUUCAAUUCUCGAAGUACAUCAUGAUAUUCUCCAAAAGGCACAAGUUCUAA